AAGCUAAAUGCUAACUGCUGACCCGGUUUGAAAACACUGACCUGUCAGUUACGGAGCUAACUUAUUAGAAUAUAGUUUAUAUCUAAUUUAAGCUUUUAAUGCUUCACUUUAGAAUUUAAUGUGUAUAUUUGGGUCCAUGUCGAGCAUUUAUCUCCGGUCGCGGCUGUCAUGGGGAAUUAUUAGAAGAGUAAAUAUGAUGAAUUAGCGUCAUCAAGUUAGCCAGGUUAGCCAUGCUAACAUUAGCGGUGCUAAAUUAGCUUUAGCUGCCAUUCAUGGCUGUGUCGCAAAAUACUAAAAAUUAGUAAACAUUUUUACUGUUUUAUCUCCGUUUCACUGCAGACCUUCUGUGGCAGGAUGAUCUCUCAGGUCUUCAUCUUGUCCUCGAAGGGCGACCACCUCAUUUAUAAAGAUUUCCGUGGAGAAUCAGGCAGCGACGCCGUUGGAGUUUUCUACGAGAAAGUGACGGCGCUGACCGGAGACCAGCCUCCGGUCGUCAUGAGCCACAAAGAUCUGCACUUCGUCCACGUCAGACAGGGAGGACUCUACUGGGUUGCCACGACGACGGCCGACUCGUCACCGUUCACCAUCAUCGAGUUCCUCAACAGGCUGGCUGCUCUGGUCAAAGAUUACUGCGGCAGCUUGUCGGAAAAGUCGGUUCAGAUGAACUUCGCUCUGAUCUACGAGCUGCUGGACGAAGUCGUGGACUACGGCUACAUCCAGACGACCUCCUCUGACGUCCUGAAGAAUUUCAUCCAAACUGAAGCCGUUUCUUCUCGACCGUUCAGCCUGUUUGACCUCAGUAACGUCGGUCUGUUUGGAGCAGAGACCCAGCAGAGUAAAGUGGCUCCGAGUUCUGCAGCCACCAGACCGAUCCAGUCCAGCCGAGAGCAGGGAGGUAAAAGUGAGAUAUUUGUGGACGUGAUUGAGAGGAUGUCGGUCGUCAUCGGAUCCAACGGAAUGUUGAUGAAGGCCGAUGUGGAGGGAGAGAUCAGAGUGAAAUGUUACCUGCCCAACUGCUCAGAGAUGAGAAUCGGUCUGAACGAGGAGUUCAGCAUCGGGAAGUCUCAGCUCAGAGGUUAUGGAGCUGCUGUUCGUGUGGAUGAGGUCAGCUUCCAUCAGAUGGUUCGACUGGACGAGUUCGACAGCCACCGGAUCCUGAGACUGUGUCCGAGUCAGGGGGAGCAAACGGUGAUGCAGUAUCAGCUGAGUGAUGACCUUCCAUCAGCUCCCCCGUUCAGACUGUUUCCAACCAUCGAGAGAGACAGCGGAGGAAGGCUGCUCAUGUACCUGAAGCUUCGCUGUGAUUUGCCACCAAAGAGCGCUGCCAUCAACGUGGCCGCAACCAUCCCCAUCCCUAAAGGCUCGCUGAGUUUGUCUCAGGAGCUCAGCAGUCCGGACCAGAGCGCCGAGCUGAAGCCUCAGAGCCGAGCCGUGGUCUGGAAGAUCCCCCGGUUCACCGGAGGAACGCAGCUCUCAGCCCUGUUCAAGCUGGAGGUUCCUGGUCUGAGUUCUGCCUCUCUCCUGGAGGUGGGUCCGGUGGGUCUGAGCUUCGAGCUGCCCAAGCUGACGGCCACCGGGGUGCAGAUCCGCUUCCUGCGUCUGUCUCCGGUCCAGCCGGGUCCUUCUCAGCGCUGGGUCCGGUACGUCACCCACUCAGACUCCUACACCAUCCGGAUAUGAACCCAUAAAUAAAUAAAUACUGCUGUAAAUACAAAAAACAAAUAAAUGAAUAAAUAAAUAAA